AUGACGGAAAAAUCCCGCCCGUUUCCUAUGUUGAGGUGGCCCAGUUUCUAUUUUCCCAUAGAAAACCAUCCCCCCACCGUCAUUUCCAGUACCAGGAGCCCAGUCUGGCAGAAGACGACCCGAGAAGCGUCCGGUGAGUGGCAUCGCGGCGAGAUUGACGGCGGCGGAGAGGGGCACCUGGGCGGCUUGUACUCUAUGAGCUCCCGGACCCCUCGACCCCCGGUUUUCUCGAUCCUCCGCGGUCGUCCACCAAACACCCUUAGUUCCAUGUCGGAUAGAGCCUUCCACGUAUGGUUAAGGGCAUCAUCGGAGAACCCGGUGGGCCCUUCAAUCCACGGCGGGCUCGAGCACCUGCCGCGGCCUGUCCUUCCCUCCAUUCCGGAGAAGCGGGUCUCGCGGCGGGUGUCGGAAUCCCGGAGUCCCUCGCGGGCUCCGGUUCCGGUUGGGGUCUGUCGAUUGUUGGCCGCUGGCGAACGUUUUCGAAUCAGAUUUCCAGGGGGAACGUCGGCUCCGGAAGCCGCUGCUCGUCAGCGUGUCUGGGGCCGUGAUCCUCCAUCGGAGGGACCGAUGCGGCAGACGGGCUCCCCCUCGCGGGUUGGAGCCCGGCCCUGCCGCGGACCGUCCUCUGAAAAUCUCAGUGGGGGCAAUUGA